AUGGAGGAGCUCAUGCGCACCUUUAACGUUAGCCAGGCAACAAUCUCUCGGAUCUGGACAAGAGGGUGCACGUCAGCUGCUCUUACCGGGUGUGCCAAGGUUGCUUCCAAGAUGGCCGGACGGAUUGCAGGCACACGCAAGUACUCAGACGAAGGUGCUCGCGACAAUGUUUCGAGUGUCCCCCACCACCUUCGGUGCAACUUUCGCUCAUUGGCUUCGGCAACGGGCAUCCCGAAGACAACUCUUUGGCGUCACCUCAAAGCUAAGAAGCUUCGUCGAACAACGAGUCGGCUCAAGGCUAUGUUGACGCAAAAUCAUCGCCUUGCACGAUACAACUUUGCCAAGUCAUUCGUGCGUGCUGGUCAGCUCGGAACUCGCCGUUGGCAUGACAUGAUGGACAUUGUUCAUAUCGACGAGAAGUGGUUUUACAUCACACAAGUCAACCGUCGAUUCUAUCUUUGGCACGACGAGGCCGUUCCACAACGUAAAGCCCAGUCAAAAUGGCAUAUCACUAAGGUCAUGUUCUUGUGUGCUGUUGCUCGUCCUCGACCUCGACAUGACAGCAAGCGUCAUGCAAUGUGGGAUGGCAAGGUUGGUCUGUGGCCAUUCGUUGAGACUAAGUUGGCAAAGCGGAAGUACAAGAAUCGAGACCGCGGCACUCCUGUGACUGUUCCUAUAAGCGUGACCAAGCCCAUUUACCGCUACAACCUGAUUGACAAGGUGUUUUCGGCAAUCCAAGCCAAGUGGCCUGAUCGUCGUGGAAGACCCAUUUUUGCGCAACAAGACAAUGCAAAACCGCAUGUGGCGGAGGAUGACGCUGCCGUGAAGGCGGCGGGUCAGUUGAACGAUUGA